AUGCAGAUCAUCAGAAUGCUGAGGCACGUGGCUGUGGCCCGUGGAGCAGUGCAGAGGCCCCUCUGCAGCUGCUGGAUGUCUGUCCUGCCAGUCCGAUGUCUGGGCAACUCCUCUUCGCAGAUCCCAGAGAAUGCCAGCUUCCACUCUGCCGCCUCCUCGGAAGCAGACCCUCCGCGGAUCCUGAUUACAGGGGGUCUUGGCCAGUUGGGAGUGGGGCUUGCUAACCUUUUAAGGAAACGAUUUGGGGAGGAAAAUGUGAUUUUGUCAGACAUAAAGAAACCCCCCAAUUAUGUCUUACGUCAUGGCCCCUUCAUUUAUGCCGAUGUCCUGGAUUACAAGCGGCUCCGGGAGAUCGUGGUCAACCACCGCAUCACCUGGCUGUUCCAUUACAGCGCUUUGCUCAGCGCCGCUGGAGAGGCCAACGUGCCCUUGGCACGAGCCGUGAACAUCACUGGGCUGCACCACGUCCUGGACAUCGCGACUGAGUACCACCUGCGCUUGUUUGUGCCCAGCACCAUCGCGGCUUUUGGACCUACUUCUCCCCGAAACCCAGCCCCUGAGCUCUGCACCCAGAGGCCCAGGACCAUCUACGGGGUGUCCAAGGUGCACAUGGAGCUCAUGGGAGAGUACUAUUAUUACCGGUACGGGUUAGAUUUCCGCUGCCUGAGGUACCCUGGAAUCAUUUCUGCUGACUCGGAGCCUGGGGGAGGAACAACUGACUACGCAGUCCAUAUUUUCCAAGAGGCCACAAGGAGGGGCAAAUUUGAGUGCAACCUGAAGGCCAGCACCAGGCUUCCGAUGAUGUACAUCAACGACUGCCUCAGGGCCACUCUGGAGGUCAUGGAUGCACCCGCAGAGUCUCUCUCCAUGAGGACCUACAACAUCAGUGCCAUGAGCUUCACCCCUGAGGAGCUGGCCCAGGAGGUCCGCAGGCACCUGCCGGAGUUCCAGAUCACCUACCACGUGGACCCUAUGCGGCAGGCCAUAGCGGAUAGCUGGCCCAUGAACUUGGAUGACAGCAAUGCCCGGAAGGACUGGGGGUGGAGACACGACAUUGAUCUUCCAGAGUUGGUGACAAAGAUGCUGAACUUCCAUGGUUUUGACACCAGAGUUGCUCAGACCAACUGA